AUGUCUCGUCGUCGUCGUCCUCAAAAGCAGAAGCGCAAGCAGAAGCAGAGGCCACAGCGCUGGUUUGAUGCGGUUGAAGAUCAGCUGGUCGCGGAUUCUGCCCUGCUGGAGGCGGUGACGGAGGGCGAGAUGAUCCGCCCCCGAGAGGCCAUUUGGCCCGACCGCGCGAGACUCCCGCAGCCCAUUGACUUCGACCACGACACGCAGUUCCUUCGUGCCCUCCUGCUCAGCUCUCUCUACUACCUUGAGUUUAUCUACGAGACUCGUCUCUCAACCCGUGCCAAGAUGUCUGAGACUCUCCAGGAGCUGGCUGAUAUCCCCAAGGAUUUCCUGCGUGAUGGCUCGCAGUUCAUCCGUCGCUGCACCAAGCCCGACAAGGAUGAGUUCUACAAGAUCUCCUACGCCGUGGGCUGUGGCUUCCUCGUGAUGGGCGCGAUCGGUUACUUCGUCAAGCUGAUCCACAUCCCCGUCAACCAGGUUCUCGUCGGCGGUGCUUAA